AGACUUUGUUUCAGUUCCAGCCUUAGUUUCAGUUCAAAAAAAAAUUAUAUCGAAAUACUCAGUUCAGAGUCUGAAAACAUUUUAGUUCAGUUGAUUUCAUUCUUCGGUCUUAAAUUUAUAAGAAAUCGGUAUUUGGUCCAUUAAAAAACUGCAAAUUUCAUACAGCUGCUACAUUUCGGUUAGUUUCUGGUAGUGUUUCCCUUUUUUUUUGCAAACGGAUCAUGUCUUCUCAGUUUGGUGUGGAGAAGUCGGGCGGAGAAGGCGCUGAGACUGUUGGAGCCACGGCAGUAAUUUCCACGAUUAGCAGCGAAAUGGCGCUGGAUUUGAAAUCGUCACCCAAACAGACUUGUAUACCAUUGCAUCAACGUCAACGCUUGGUCAGCUCUGAAACGAGCGAAUGUAGUGUCAAUUCAAAGAAGUUGGACAUUGAUAUGCCAGACAAAUCAUGGUCGGUCUUGUACAUUGGUGCCAAGAAGGAGGAUAGCUUCGAUGAGCAGCGAAUUGUCGAGUCUAAUGAAUAACAAACACAUUUCCAGCCACUAUAUAGUAUAGUAAAUUGUCUGUGGAGAAAGCGAGCCUGGUGAAUCGACUAAUUGUGAUUGACUUGCUGUCACCCAACGCUAUAUAAUAUUAAAAAUUUUUCACUUGUGCCAGUGCAUAUUCAUUCUCCAAACCCAUUCUCCAUUCAUUUAUAAA